AUGUUCUCCACAUUCUCCGCCCUCAACUCCACUGAUCAUCCGGAACAGCCCGCUGCGCCCCGUCCCAAGCGGAAUCAGGUUGCGAGAGCCUGCGACUGGUGUCGCCUCAAUCGCAUCAAGUGUGACGACAGGCUGCCAUGCCAAAAUUGCAAGAGUCGUGGUGGUCACUGCAGUAAUACCAAGCAAUUUGAAUCCCAUUCUCUCAAGGCUGCGAAUCGGGAAAUCCAUCGACUGCGAAACCAACUCAAAGACUUUCAGAAGGAAAUGGAUACACUGACCCAAGAAUCGAAAACACAGCCUGGAGACACCAAGCAUCCGUCCCGACAACCCUUGAAUACGUCGAAUUUCUCUUCUGGCACUGCAUCCGCCGAGCUUCCAGAAACACAUCGCGUGACAUGGGAUGGGUUUCAAAAUCCAGAGGCGCGAACAGGACGCGUGAUCCAUUUUGGUCCUUUCUCCUCGCCAUACAUGGUGAUGCGCCUGAACCGUUAUAUGUCCCAAUCUUCCCACGAACAGCCUCUCAAAUUUCCUCUGCCGAUCCGUAUCUCACAGAUAAACCGAUACUACCCCACACAUUCCCUAGGACAGUUUGCAGAUGAGACGGAACAGUCCACCCUUCGCCUAGGACCGGCCGAGGCCGAGAACCUACCGCGGGAGGAGGAAGAGAACUUCUUGGUCCUCAUGUGGCAAUCUUAUCAUUGCAUAUAUCCUAUUGUCUCAGAGGAGGAAUUCCGAGAUUAUUAUAAUUCUCUUUGGACUGGAACCAACGACCAAGGCCCCCGUCGGCCGUCUGCCCUAGUUGACAGCUUGUUGGCCGUCUGCAUGCAGUAUGGCAGUAUCUUUAUGGGAGAUGAGGAGAACAUGGAAAAUGGCGCUGAACAGUCGCCAGCUGCACAUUUUCAUACAGCUGCACAUACCUUCUACGACCGAAGCCAGCGCAUGCUGAUGGAAACCCUGGAGCACCCCACCAUCCAGACCCUGCAGAGUCAGAUUUACUGCAUAAUAUAUUCCUACAACAUCUCGAAUCUAGAUACCGCUCUUGUACUUCUUGGAACUGGAAUCAGAAUCGCCCAUAUGCUCCGGUUACACCUCCGUCCUCUAGGUGAUCUGCCAAGGGCAACACAAGAGCUGCAUUCUCGGAUUUGGUGGACCUUGUACCAGUUGGACAGUCAGAUCUCAAUGUCGCUCGGCCGUCCACCGCUAAUAAACCCGGCUGACGCCGGCUGUGCGAUCCCCACAGAUAUGCGUGAUGCAGUGCAGUUGUCAGGCACUGUGUUGGUAUCACCUCCCGAGGAAGAACUAACAUGGCUCAGCUUUCAUGUACAGUAUGUCCGCCUGACAGCUGCAGCACGUCGAGUUCAAGAAGUAUUUGCAGCGCGCUGCGACGAGGACUUACAAGAGAAAGAUAUACAAGACAUCCAAGAAGAUCCGCCUGCUCUCGAGCUACUCGCAAGAUUCAUGAGCAGCGAAAUUCGCACUAUGUAUGAUUGGGUGCAGGCCGUGCCGCCGUCUCUCAAAAAUCAACGUAAAGGCGAAGGCGAGGCCCUUUCAACAGACCGCACAUCACUCAAUUUAAACCCGGCUAGCCCACUAUGGCUACAGCGUCAACGACUUCUGUUGGAAAUCACAUAUCACCAUCUUCAAAUCGCCACCCUCCGCCCAUUUAUUCGCUUCCCUCCACGAGGGCCAUCUCUCACGCCACUGACUGAUGGUCUCGGAAUCUCUGCUCUGAACCACGCUGUCGUGUUGACCAAUAUACUGAAACAUGUCCUAUCAGAGACAGACAUCCUGUCUGGUUGGACCCCGGCUUUCCAAUACCAGUGGGACGCCACUAUCUGCAUCAUAUCAUUCGUGCUGGCCAACCCAGUGUGCCCACCCACGCCAGCCGCACGGAAUGUCCUACCAGCAGCUUUCGAAAAUUUGAACACCCUCGGCAAGCCCUUUGCCCCUGGACCUAACUCGAUCCGGCUUGCAUGGGAGCAAUUCCGUUCUAGCUCCACUCGGCGUGGGUGGUCCCAGUUGACGCCUCCUAGCCAGAGCGCCUUUGAUACAGCCGGGGCUCCGGGGUCUGUGCCUGCUACAGGCAUUGAUACAAACGGCAUGCAGUUCAUUGGGAAUGGCAUGAUGGGUUCCAUCCCGCAGUCCAAUGAUUCAUUCUCAACCAAAUCACCCUCGAAUGCAAUGCUGGGGAACGAAUAUAUGGGUCCAGCAGUUAUGACUCCUCCCAUGCACCUGAUGGAUGCAUCUUUUAACCUACCUAUCGAUAUGUUCAUGGGGACCGAGAACCGAUGGAUGUCGAAUGAUGCUGUGCCCCUGGAUACUUGGAAUACCUCUGACGCUCAAUAA